AAAAAACGGACUUAAAUUGUCCGCUAACCGUGUUCCCUGCUUUGAGACGCUGAGGGGGAUUUUUUUCUCCAAGAGCAAACAGGCCCUGACCCCUCCUGGGCACACCGAGAUCUUGUGAAGUGCUGUGUCCUGCCUGCCGCCAGUGCAGACACAGCUGCCUUCCCCUGCCAACUCCUGUUGCUCCUUGGAACACCAAGUGCUGCAUCACCCAGCAAGUCCUGACUGGGAGUCCCCAAAGUCUCAGGGUUGCUGUAGCUCUAGAUUGAGGAAGAGGAAGAAGCAGCUCUGUUCCCUGCCGCUCCUGUCUUCAUAGUGGGCGAGGUUGUGCCACAGAAAGGGUGCCAGGGUUUGGAUCCUGUGCUGCUCCUGCCGGUGGGAACAGGGUUACAGGAGUGCUCAUUGUGCUUGCCUUGCCCUCCCUCAACACCUCAGCAGGACUUGCAUUUCCCCAUCAUGGGAGGGAGCUAAGCAAGCAGCCAGGACCACUCUGGCCCAAGGCAAGAGGCAUUUGGAGGAGAGGGCAUGGCUCUUUGCAAGAAGGAACCCUGGGGAAAGCAGGGAAGAAGAGCCUCAGUCAGGGUUGUGCUCAGGCUCAGUGGUGCUGCCAGGGAGAUCAUCGAUCUGACCUGUGAGGACACAAGCACAGACCCAGUGUCGUUGAGCGUGACUGAGGACAUCUUCAUCGCUGCGACUGAGGAUGCCUGCAUCCUUCUACACUGCACCUGCACUGCUGACCAGGACCCCAGGACUGCACUUGCUGCCCCAGCAGCACACACAUCCCAUCCCCAGCUCUGCUCCACCGUGAAGGAAGAAAUGGAGGCAGUGGCAGAGCCAAGCCCUGCACCAUCCUGGCACAGCACUCCCGUGAAGCCCAGUGCCACCAGAGACACAGCAGAAAGCAUGGAGAACAGGAGCUGCCUCUCUCCUGCCUCCAGCUGCCACAGCUCCUGCAGCUCGGAGCAGGACUGCAGUGCUACCAGCUUUAAUAGUGACCUGAGUUCCCUGCCCAGCAUGCAGCAGGACUCAGCACCCCCCAGCCUGGACAGCAAUAGCAACUGGAAAGCUGAUGGCCCAGAGGAAGAGCCUCCCCACCUCUACCAGGAAAGGGACCUCCCCCCAAGGCUGAGCCCUGCCCCAACCCUUCCCACAACCCCAGGGAAGGCCCGAGGGUCUUUGCUGGAAACAAAUGACAUACCACACGAACCAACCCAGCAAGCGACCCCAGCCAGGAGCGAUGGUGACAGCAGGGCCUGGCUGGACAAACUGCACAGUUUCAGGAGGAGUGGAGUCCAGCACCUCUUCUUCCAAGGCAUAGCACCCAACAGUGAAACACAGCAGCAGAAACCUGAGCUCAUCCCCAGAGGGAAGCUGAGCAUGGUGCGCACCACCAUGGAGGAGAACUUCCUGGAGGGCACCUUGCAUCUCCUGAAUGAGUUCGUCUCCUGCCAGCACUAUCCCCCCAAAGAUAUCAUCUCCCACCUCAUCAGACAGGUCCUGUUGAAUGCCCAUGAAGAGGAGAUCUUGAAGGACACCUACAUGCUGCUGAUGAAGAUCCAAAUGCUCCAUCCAACCAACGCUGCCACAGUGGGAUGGGACUGGACGCUGCUGAAAUUCAUCAUGGAGGACCAGGAGAAGCCCCCUGGCCGGCUCCUCUUCCUGCAGUAUGUGGUGCAGACCCUGGAGGACGACUUGCAGAAGAAUCUGAGGUUGCACCUGCUGCAAAAGUCGAUUGCCAAGAAAGUGCUUUCGUGUGACAUGUGCUUCAACAAUGUCAAGGAAGUGGUCAAAUGGUUGGUCGCAGCUAUUACAGGAGUCGGGUUCUGCCAGCCCCAGGAGAAGCCACAAGAAACUCCCUCCUCUUCAGCAGAAGCCAGGGCUGAACACAGCUCAUCUGCACCAAGUCUAGCCAGCACACAGGCUCCGGCAACUUUCUUUGCCCAAAAGGUGAUGCUCCUGCUCCAGCGGAUGUUGUCCAUCGCAGUGGAAGUGGACAGAUCUCCCACCUGCAGCUCCCAUAAGAUUGCAGAUGAGAUAUUCCCAUUUAUACUGAAUAUCCCCCUGAGGAGCCAAAGGGAAGCUUUAUUAAACACCAUGGAGAGCCAGCUCCUGCGCUGCAGACUGCUAGAGCUGUUGUUCCAGCACAGUUCUGAUGUGCCCUCAACCUCAUCUAUGUCUCUGGAGAAAAUCCUGUAUUUCCUGAGCCACUUCUCUGUGCUGCUGCAUUUUGAGGAUGAAACAGCAACGUGGCAAAGGUGGGAUGAGAUGCUGCAGUACUUGAGUUUGCUGCUGAUGAGUUACCAAAGUGUAAUACACGGUAAGCAGCUUGUUCUGGCCUCAUCAAGAGGCUGCAGUAGAACUGCCAAAUUCCCUUCCUCCUCCCUUCUCAUCACUCUUGAGCUCACAGCCACUGAGUCUUUGAAAGACAAUGUGCCUCUGUCCAUGCUAGUAACUAUUCCCAGCAGUCAAAGAAGUGAUGUUGCAUCAGAGCACCCAACUUACUUUGCCAAGUUUAGCCCCUACAAAAUAGCCCUUCACCAUCCUCACAGCCUCCUUUGGACGCUCUCUUUGGUAAACCCAGGACACUUUCAGCACUUAGUAAACUGGGCAGGGAGCACCACCCACAGUAGCCAUGGAAAGAACAGCAUUUCUGAUCCCAGGAGAAUGGCAGUCACAAAACACUCCCUAAAACUCCCCAAAGUAAUUUUAACAGAAAAUUCUUCAAGUCCCUUCCUAACUUCAGCUGCUUUAGCCCAGGGUUAAGGCUCUCAUGAAAGAAUGCAGAGGAAUCCACCAUCACAUGUGCAGUCUUACUCUCCCCUGAAGCCCUAGACAAUGUUACUGUUGUUGAGCUCUUUGGAGACUCCUUUGCAGCUGCCCAUUCUGCCACUCACACAGGAGAAAAGGAUUCUACAAGCCUUGCCCCUUCCCCAUUUCUUGGGCUCUACCCACAUGCAGACUGAGCUCCAGGAGGGGCCAGUUCCUUCUUCCCUCAGUCUUGUGCAGAAGCAUCAGGGAUAACCGCAAGAGGAUGAGCCCCAUUCCCAACUGCUUCUCACUCUGGCACACCAGCUACUGUGCUCUGGUGUGUGCUGCCUCUCUCCACCAGCAUUUCCUCUUGCAGAGCACCUGCGGAGCAACCUCAGUGACCGGAUGGACUUGAUGGUUCAGAAAGCCAAGCCCAGGCUCCAGGAGAGUGACAGCAUCACCAACCUGGACGUUCAGGUGAAGAUUGAGGAC